UGCGCAUCUUUUCUGCGCAUAACAAAAAACGAAUCGGAAAGUCUCGGAUAUUGUUCGGUGCGUUAAAUAAUAUUGAACAAUGGCGUCCCCUGAGGCAAGCUCGACGGUUGAAUAUUGUAAGUGCAAGAGCUCUUGUAGCGUGAAGCGAAAACCGAAUACGAAUCGAGGAUGCCCUUGCAAAGGUUCAAAUAUGGAUUGCUCUGUAGCGUGCAAAUGCGGCACUCGUGCUAAACCUUGCAAGAAUAAGAAAGCGGCAGCAAACUAUGAAGGUGAAAGUCGGGGGAAACCAACGAACAGUAAAGUUAGACGUAUGAAUCAGCAAGGGUUUCGCCUCACUCACGAGCCAAGAGAGACAGAGGAAAUACAAAGAGAAAAAGAAAAUAAGGAUGUAAAGGACUUUGUAGCCACACUGGAUGAAGAUAUGGUUCGAAAAUUGGCUAUUCGCAGUCUUAGACGAGGCAUCGGAAGCAUGGAUUAUAUUCAUACAUUGCUUAUUAUGGAUGAUGAUCUUGUGGAAGAGGAUGAAGACAUGGGUGAAUUUGGAGCACAGUCUGAAGAGGAAACUGAGCAACCAAAUACUCCUGAUCUGCCUCAAAACCAACCCUCUGCACAAGGGCCAGAUUGGUGCAAAUGUGGAUAUUGUCAACCCAUGCCACAAGAAAUCGAAAAUCGAUGUUGUAAACUAAAGAGCUGCAUAUCGUUGACAUCAAGGUUUGAAAAAUUGUGUCUUGAUCCUGAUGUCUUACAGCUGUGCAUACGGAAUUCCAGCGACAUAAGGAAUGAUCGAGAGGACAAUAGUACACGAGCCUUUAGAAAAGCGGCAUAUAGACAAUUUAUUCUGGCACGGUAUGGGCAUCUAGGAAAAGGGAACAGGAGGGUUUGUCCAUCUUGCGUAGUAUUGAAAAUACGAAAACAGUACCCAUCCAUUACAGGAGUGUAUAUGGGUUAUAGAGAACAUUGAUUAAGACAUUGCAUGCAUG